CUUCUCUCCUGGUGCCAGCCCAGGACCAAAGUCAAUGGGUGAGGAUGGAAAUACCAGUAUCUUCAACCUUUCCUACAGCAGCUUCCUCUUGGUGGGCUUCCCUGGAUUGCAGGAAGGGCGACCCCUUCUGGUCCUGCCUCUUACCUUUCUCUAUGUGUCCAUCGUUUCUGCCAAUGCCUUAGUCAUUCAUACAGUGGUGGCCCAGAGGAGUCUGCACCAGCCCAUGUACGUGCUCAUUGCUCUGCUCUUGGCUGUCAACAUCUGUGCCUCCACAGCCGUGAGGCCUAAAAUGCUUGAAGGCUUUGUGCAUUAUGCAAAUCCCAUCUCACUCCGCGGCUGCCUCACACAAAUGUUCUUUAUCUACUUUACGCUCCUUCUGGACUACAAUCUCCUGCUGGCCAUGGCUCUAGAUCGCUAUGUGGCCAUUUGCCACCCACUCCGCUAUACUGACCUGAUGACCUCACACUUACUGGGCCUGAUGGCCACUUUUGCGAUAACGCGGAGCCUAGGAGUGGCAGUGCCCCUAGUGGUACUAACUGCAAAAGCUCAAUUCUGCAAGACAUCCGUCAUAAGACACUUCACCUGCGAGUACAUCGCACUGUUGAGCAUCGCUUGUGGAGACCUGACCUUCAACAACCGCUUGGGAUUGGCUAUGCGUUUGGUCACUGUGACUUUUGAUCUGGCCUUAUUGGGAACCUCCUAUACCCGUAUCAUCUAUGCAGCCUUCCGGAUCUCUUCUGGAGGAGCCCGAGCCAAGGCCUUGCACACUUGUGGCUCCCACUUACUGGUCAUCCUCACCAUCUACCUUUCUGGUCUUUCCACUUCCAUUGUCUUUCGAGUGGCCAAGACUGUGUCUCAAGAUGUCCAGAACCUACUCAGUGCCAUAUACCUGCUGCUCCCAGGAGCCUUGAAUCCUCUCAUUUAUGGGGUGAGAACUAAGGAGAUCCGGCAACACAUAGAGAAAAUGCUCUGUGGAAUGCAGUCACCCCAAGACAGCAGAGAGAAGUCACAGAAUGUGAGAGGGGAGAGGGACUUGCCAGGGUAAGAGGGGGUUUUUAACUUGAGAAGCUGGGGCUGCGCCCUCUGAGAACAAGAAGUGGACGGUCUGUACUAACAGGCUGGGUGGGUCC